UAUGCAAUCAACAACAACAGCUACAACAGCAGCACCAACAACAACAACUGAAGCUACAACAACAACAGCUGCACCAACUACAACAACAACUACAACAGCAGCACCAACAACAACAACCACUCUUGUAUCUACAACAACAAUGUCAGUUAAACCAACUGAAGGUACAACAACAACACCUGCCGUUAUUGAAACAACCACAACUACUGCAGGAACAACAACCAAAAUCUGUCCAUUCCAAGAGACAAUGGACAAUCCUGCUGUAAUUGGUCAAGGCCAAAUCAAGACUAGCCCAUCUGAAGAAGGUUCAAAUGAUAAGGUUCGUUUGGACAAGGAAGGAUGGACACCCAAAGUUCCAACCAGCUCAACUGAAGAAAAACCAUAUGUUGAUAUUGACCUCGAUGUUGGUGAUGACAGUAAUGAACCAUAUGUUGAAAAGGUCAUUAUUAAGGGCAAUACUCAGAUAGUAUCAGUAUACAAAAAGAAUGUCAAUGAUGAUGAUUGGACUGGAAUUGUUGAAGAUGUUGAAGUUAAGGAAAAUGGAGAAGUUGUCUUCCCCACAGUUGUAAAGGCCGAUUCUAUAAGAAUUGUACUUGUUAAACCUGAAGAUAAUGAGGAUGGUUCUCCAGUAACUAACUACAGAGUUAAUGUUGGAGUACAUGCUUGUAUCACACCAACUAUGACUACAACAACAUCAGCUCCAACAACAACUAUGACUACAACUACACCUGUAGCUACAACAACAACAGAAGCUACUACAACAGCAGCUCCUACAACAACAACUACUACAACAGCUGCUCCAACAACUACAGCUGGUACAACAACAGAAGCUACAACAACAACAACAAUGAAACCAACUGAAAGUACAACUUUGAGUACAACAACUACUACUAGCACAACAACAACAACAACUGCUAUGGUAACAACUACCACAACUCCAGCAGAAACAACAACAGUCAAGAUCUGUAACUUUGAAGAAGGUAUGGAUGAACCACAAUUUAUCCCAGCUGGACAACUUGAAUCAAGCCCAGAUACCACUGACAAAGAAAACAACCCAUUGACAAACUUGAGACCAAAGAGUGGAAAGGCUUUCGUAUUGCCUGUUCCAAAGAAGGACUCUGAUGAAAAGAAACCAUUUGUCACAGUUGACUUGACACCAACUGAUGAUACUGCUGCUCCAUUUGUUGAGAAGGUACGCUUCCCAGAAUCAAACAUUGGAAAGGUUACAAUCAAGAGAUUGGUACCAGCCAGUGAAAAGAAUGCUGGACAAUAUGAAACUGUUGCUGAUAAUGAAACACCAACUGGUGAUGAUAAUACAAUCAAAUUCACAACACCAGUCCGCAUGGAUAAGAUCCAAAUCAUUUUGGAAGAACCACAAAAUGAUGAUGAUACUGAAUACAAACUUCAUGUUGCUAUACAUGCCUGCUUCAAGGUUAAAGUAACAACAACAACUCAACCACCAACAACAACAACUACAACAGCUGCACCAACAACAACUACUGAAGCUACAACAACAACAGCUGCACCAACUACAACAACAACUACAACAGCAGCACCAACAACAACUAUGACCACAACAGCUGCACCAACAACAACUACUGAAGCUACAACUACAAUUACUGUUCCAUCAACAACUACAGUUACUACAACAACAACUACAACACCAGCACCAACCACAACUGAAGCUACAACAACAGCACCAACUACAACAUCAACAACAGCAGCUCCAACCACAACAAAAACUACUACUACUACCACAGCAGCACCAACAACAACUACUGUUCAAUCUACAACAACAAUGUCAGUUAAACCAACUGAGGGUACAACAACAACACCUGCCAUUGUUACAACAACAACAACUGCUGAAACAACAACAACUAAGGUCUGUCCAUUCAAAGAGACAAUGAAAGAUUCAACAAUCAUUCCAAAGAAACUUAUUAAGACAACUCCUGAAGAUGGAGAAGAUUCAAAUGAUAAGGUUCGUUUGGGUAAGGAAGGCUGGAUUACAAAUGUUCCAACAUCCAGUGAUCAACCUAAACCAACUGUUGAAAUUAAAUUGAAUCGCCAAGAUGAUCCUGAAGAUCCCUAUGUUGAAAAGGUUAUUGUUAAGGGAAUGCUGGCAAGAAGGUGGAGACAUUGUCUUCCCAAGGUUCAAAAGAUCAACACUAUCAAGAUUGUAUUGGAAGAACCUACAUUGAAUGAAGAUGGAACCCAGCAAAGAAAUACAAGGUCAACAUUGGAAUCAGUGCUUGUAUCUCAUACACUGGUAAUUACAACAACAACAACCACACCAACUCCAACAACAACAACAGAAGCAACUACAACUAUGGCACCAACAACAACAGAAACAACAACAACAACAGCUGCUACAACCACAACUGCUAGAACAACAACUACAACUUCUGCAACAACUACAACAACUGCUAUGGUAACAACUACCACAACUCCAGCAGAAACAACAACAGUCAAGAUCUGUAACUUUGAAGAAGGUAUGGAUGAACCACAAUUUAUCCCAGCUGGACAACUUGAAUCAAGCCCAGAAACCACUGACAAAGAAAACAACCCAUUGACAAACUUGAGACCAAAGAGCGGAAAGGCUUUCGUAUUGCCUGUUCCAAAGAAGGACUCAGAUGAAAAGAAACCAUUUGUCACAGUUGACUUGACACCAACUGAUGAUACUGCUGCUCCAUUUGUUGAGAAGGUACGCUUCCCAGAAUCAAACAUUGGAAAGGUUACAAUCAAGAGAUUGGUACCAGCCAGUGAAAAGAAUGCUGGACAAUACGAAACUGUUGUUACAAGCCAAAAACUUGAUGAUGAUAAUACAAUCAAAUUCACAACACCAGUCCGCAUGGAUAAGAUCCAAAUCAUUUUGGAAGAACCACAAAAUGAUGAUGAUACUGAAUACAAACUUCAUGUUGCUAUACAUGCUUGCUUCAAGGUUAAAAUAACAACAACAACUCAACCACCAACAACAACAACUACAACAGCUGCACCAACUACAACUACUGAAGCUACAACAACAACAGCAGCACCAACAACAACCACUACUCUUCCAUCAACUACAACAGUUGUUGUUACAACUCCAUCUACAACUAUGCAAUCAACAACAACAGCUACAACAGCAGCACCAACAACAACAACUGAAGCUACAACAACAACAGCUGCACCAACUACAACAACAACUACAACAGCAGCACCAACAACAACAACCACUCUUGUAUCUACAACAACAAUGUCAGUUAAACCAACUGAAGGUACAACAACAACACCUGCCGUUAUUGAAACAACCACAACUACUGCAGGAACAACAACCAAAAUCUGUCCAUUCCAAGAGACAAUGGACAAUCCUGCUGUAAUUGGUCAAGGCCAAAUCAAGACUAGCCCAUCUGAAGAAGGUUCAAAUGAUAAGGUUCGUUUGGACAAGGAAGGAUGGACACCAAAGGUUCCAACCAGCUCAACUGAAGAAAAACCAUAUGUUGAUAUUGACCUCGAUGUUGGUGAUGACAGUAAUGAACCAUAUGUUGAAAAGGUCAUUAUUAAGGGCAAUACUCAGAUAGUAUCAGUAUACAAAAAGAAUGUCAAUGAUGAUGAUUGGACUGGAAUUGUUGAAGAUGUUGAAGUUAAGGAAAAUGGAGAAGUUGUCUUCCCCACAGUUGUAAAGGCCGAUUCUAUAAGAAUUGUACUUGUUAAACCUGAAGAUAAUGAGGAUGGUUCUCCAGUAACUAACUACAGAGUUAAUGUUGGAGUACAUGCUUGUAUCACACCAACUAUGACUACAACAACAUCAGCUCCAACAACAACUAUGACUACAACUACACCUGUAGCUACAACAACAACAGAAGCUACUACAACAGCAGCUCCUACAACAACAACUACUACAACAGCUGCUCCAACAACUACAGCUGGUACAACAACAGAAGCUACAACAACAACAACAAUGAAACCAACUGAAAGUACAACUUUGAGUACAACAACUACUACUAGCACAACAACAACAACAACUGCUAUGGUAACAACUACCACAACUCCAGCAGAAACAACAACAGUCAAGAUCUGUAACUUUGAAGAAGGUAUGGAUGAACCACAAUUUAUCCCAGCUGGACAACUUGAAUCAAGCCCAGAUACCACUGACAAAGAAAACAACCCAUUGACAAACUUGAGACCAAAGAGUGGAAAGGCUUUCGUAUUGCCUGUUCCAAAGAAGGACUCUGAUGAAAAGAAACCAUUUGUCACAGUUGACUUGACACCAACUGAUGAUACUGCUGCUCCAUUUGUUGAGAAGGUACGCUUCCCAGAAUCAAACAUUGGAAAGGUUACAAUCAAGAGAUUGGUACCAGCCAGUGAAAAGAAUGCUGGACAAUAUGAAACUGUUGCUGAUAAUGAAACACCAACUGGUGAUGAUAAUACAAUCAAAUUCACAACACCAGUCCGCAUGGAUAAGAUCCAAAUCAUUUUGGAAGAACCACAAAAUGAUGAUGAUACUGAAUACAAACUUCAUGUUGCUAUACAUGCCUGCUUCAAGGUUAAAGUAACAACAACAACUCAACCACCAACAACAACAACUACAACAGCUGCACCAACAACAACUACUGAAGCUACAACAACAACAGCUGCACCAACUACAACAACAACUACAACAGCAGCACCAACAACAACUAUACCACAACAGCUGCACCAACAACAACUACUGAAGCUACAACUACAAUUACUGUUCCAUCAACAACUACAGUUACUACAACAACAACUACAACACCAGCACCAACCACAACUGAGCUACAACAACAGCACAACUACAACAUCACAACAGCAGCUCCACCACAACAAAAACUACUACUACUACCACAGCAGCACCAACAACAACUACUGUUCAAUCUACAACAACAAUACAACUCCUGAAGAUGGAGAAGAUUCAAAUGAUAAGGUUCGUUUGGGUAAGGAAGGCUGGAUUACAAAUGUUCCAACAUCCAGUGAUCAACCUAAACCAACUGUUGAAAUUAAAUUGAAUCGCCAAGAUGAUCCUGAAGAUCCCAUGUUGAAAAGGUUAUUGUUAAGGGAAAUGCUGGCAGGUAUCUAUAUACAAGAAACAAGAACAGAUGAUGAUUACACACCAAUCCAAACUAAUGUUGAUGUACCAAAAGAAGGUGGAGACAUUGUCUUCCCCAAGGUUCAAAAGAUCAACCACUAUCAAGAUUGUAUUGGAAGAACUACAUUGAAUGAAGAUGGAACCCAGCAAAGAAAUACAAGUUACAACAACAACAACCACACCAACUCCAACAACAACAACAGAAGCAACUACAACUAUGCACCAACAACAACAGAAACAACAACAACAACAGCUGCUACAACCACAACUGCUAGAACAACAACUACAACUUCUGCAACAACUACAACAACUGCUAUGGUAACAACUACCACAACUCCAGCAGAAACAACAACAGUCAAGAUCUGUAACUUUGAAGAAGGUAUGGAUGAACCACAAUUUAUCCCAGCUGGACAACUUGAAUCAAGCCCAGAAACCACUGACAAAGAAAACAACCCAUUGACAAACUUGAGACCAAAGAGCGGAAAGGCUUUCGUAUUGCCUGUUCCAAAGAAGGACUCAGAUGAAAAGAAACCAUUUGUCACAGUUGACUUGACACCAACUGAUGAUACUGCUGCUCCAUUUGUUGAGAAGGUACGCUUCCCAGAAUCAAACAUUGGAAAGGUUACAAUCAAGAGAUUGGUACCAGCCAGUGAAAAGAAUGCUGGACAAUACGAAACUGUUGUUACAAGCCAAAAACUUGAUGAUGAUAAUACAAUCAAAUUCACAACACCAGUCCGCAUGGAUAAGAUCCAAAUCAUUUUGGAAGAACCACAAAAUGAUGAUGAUACUGAAUACAAACUUCAUGUUGCUAUACAUGCUUGCUUCAAGGUUAAAAUAACAACAACAACUCAACCACCAACAACAACAACUACAACAGCUGCACCAACUACAACUACUGAAGCUACAACAACAACAGCAGCACCAACAACAACCACUACUCUUCCAUCAACUACAACAGUUGUUGUUACAACUCCAUCUACAACUAUGCAAUCAACAACAACAGCUACAACAGCAGCACCAACAACAACAACUGAAGCUACAACAACAACAGCUGCACCAACUACAACAACAACUACAACAGCAGCACCAACAACAACAACCACUCUUGUAUCUACAACAACAAUGUCAGUUAAACCAACUGAAACAAUGGACAAUCCUGCUGUAAUUGGUCAAGGCCAAAUCAAGACUAGCCCAUCUGAAGAAGGUUCAAAUGAUAAGGUUCGUUUGGACAAGGAAGGAUGGACACCAAAGGUUCCAACCAGCUCAACUGAAGAAAAACCAUAUGUUGAUAUUGACCUCGAUGUUGGUGAUGACAGUAAUGAACCAUAUGUUGAAAAGGUCAUUAUUAAGGGCAAUACUCAGAUAGUAUCAGUAUACAAAAAGAAUGUCAAUGAUGAUGAUUGGACUGGAAUUGUUGAAGAUGUUGAAGUUAAGGAAAAUGGAGAAGUUGUCUUCCCCACAGUUGUAAAGGCCGAUUCUAUAAGAAUUGUACUUGUUAAACCUGAAGAUAAUGAGGAUGGUUCUCCAGUAACUAACUACAGAGUUAAUGUUGGAGUACAUGCUUGUAUCACACCAACUAUGACUACAACAACAUCAGCUCCAACAACAACUAUGACUACAACUACACCUGUAGCUACAACAACAACAGAAGCUACUACAACAGCAGCUCCUACAACAACAACUACUACAACAGCUGCUCCAACAACUACAGCUGCCACAACAACAACAACAACUGCUAUGGUAACAACUACCACAACUCCAGCAGAAACAACAACAGUCAAGAUCUGUAACUUUGAAGAAGAUACCACUGACAAGAAACAACCCAUUGACAAACUUGAGACCAAAGAGUGGAAAGCUUUCGUAUUGCCUGUUCCAAAGAAGGACUCUGAUGAAAAGAAACCAUUUGUCACAGUUGACUUGACACCAACUGAUGAUACUGCUGCUCCAUUUGUUGAGAAGGUACGCUUCCCAGAAUCAAACAUUGGAAAGGUUACAAUCAAGAGAUUGGUACCAGCCAGUGAAAAGAAUGCUGGACAAUAUGAAACUGUUGCUGAUAAUGAAACACCAACUGGUGAUGAUAAUACAAUCAAAUUCACAACACCAGUCCGCAUGGAUAAGAUCCAAAUCAUUUUGGAAGAACCACAAAAUGAUGAUGAUACUGAAUACAAACUUCAUGUUGCUAUACAUGCCUGCUUCAAGGUUAAAGUAACAACAACAACUCAACCACCAACAACAACAACUACAACAGCUGCACCAACUACAACUACUGAAGCUACAACAACAACAGCUGCAACAACUACAACAACAGAAGCUACAACUAUCAUUGAUUCAACAACUUCUGUGGCUGCAACUACUAGCUUGAGCACUGAAGGAUCUACCAGCUUUGUGGUACCUUCUACUACCGUCUUUGUUACGACAACACCGGAACCCACUUCAAGUUCUCCUGAAACUUCAAGCAGUCCUGCUGGUACCACCUCUACUGUAGAGUCAACAACAACAAUUGAACUUAGUUCCACUGCAGGAACCACCACAUCAACGGCAGUUGUUUUUACAUCAACGACACCGGUUGGAACAACUACUAAAGUUUGCCCAUUCAGUGAAACAAUGAAUAACCCAGCGCAAAUUAGUGAUAAACAAAUUUCUGUUUAUCCUGCGGAAGAAGGUGUUGGAAAGAAGAUUAGACCUAAUGGAGUAGGUUGGACGCCUUCUGUACCAGAAUCUGAAUCUGAUAAUAAACCUUAUGUUGAUAUUGACUUAAACCCCUAUGAUAUUCCUGAGGAACCAUUUGCUGAAAAGGUUAUAUUGAAAGGAAAUGCAAAGAAAAUCACUAUUUUAAGAAAGAAAUUAAGGGAUGAUACAUUUUUGCCUGUAUUGGAAAAUGUUGAUGUACCUGAGAAUGGCGAAGUUGUUUUCCCUGAAGUAAAACGUGUUGACACUUUGAGAAUUGUUCUUUUAGAACCAGAAGAAGAUACUAAUGGUACCCUUCCAGAGAAUUAUCAAGUUACAAUUGGAGUACAUGCUUGCAUAAAACCAACAAGUUAG